AUGACGGAGACCGACAGUACCAAACGACCACUGUUAAUGCCUGAAAAGUUUUUGCCUCACCUAGAGAAGUUUCGGGUUUACCAAAUGAUGAAGGACAUGGUCAGGAACAUCGUAAUACACCUGCCUAAGGAUCAUCUUAAGCAAAUGAAGAUCUUUGCGACCCGCCACAUACAUACGAGUGAGGCGUCUCGUAUAGUAUUACUUAUUGAACCUGGUCUUGAUAUAGAUGUAUACGGCCUGGCAAAGCAUUUGAUAAAAGAUUUCGGUUGCUUCGUUAUAACACGUCGCUGCGUGAUGGAUCGCUAUGAAAAACAUGACGAUUACGAGCCCGGAUGUGUGAAUAUUUCACUGAUGUCUGAAGUGACAAAAGCUUUGACUCAGCGAGACCCGGUGCCACAGGCUGGGUGGCUGAUGUUUGAUCACCCUUGCACAUUACGCGAGGCGCGCUACCUCCAACAAGAUGGUGUCCUGCCCACGGUGACUCUGGUGCUGAUGGCGACACCUCCCACCGCACCACCAGCCCCCUGCAACCACACUCCUCCUAGAAACUUUUUCGAGCAAGAUUUUGAAGGUCUCAAGUAUGCCUAUAAAGCUACACUGAAGGAAGUACAUCUUACUCCUGAAGAUAGUUUGGAUGCGAUACAAACGAAGUGUUUCAACGCCAUCCGCGCGUUUAAUGCAGGCCAUCAGGGACCGAAACAGGGGAUGUGUGCUAUUGGCGCUCCUAGCGUCUACCGAGUGCUACUUCUGGGGCCUCGUGGUUCCGGCCGCAGCUCUCAGGCAGUAGCGCUAGCCAAGCAUUUCGGAUUAGUCUUCUUGCACUUCGAUGCGUUGCAUAGAGAGUAUGCAGCGAAGGACAAUGAAAUUGGAGAGAGAAUUCGUAAGUAUGGAACCAGCAUUAGCCUCAGAGGAGAUAUGAUCAAGGACCGACUGCUGAAGAAGGACUGUAUUGACCACGGCUGGGUGAUGAUUGGAUAUCCAACGAACGGACAUGAUUUCGAAAUACUCGAUGCAUCGCCGACUCCUCCUAAUCGCAUAUUGUUUUUGAACUUGGACCUGGAGACAUGUCGGCUUCGGACCCAGAACGAGGGCUUCGACACAUGCACUGGCAAGAAAGCGCAGAUGGGAUCAGGACCAAACGUCAUCCGCCACCCCGACCAUGAUGAAGUGCGUAGAGAAUAUGAGUGGGACUUAUUCUUCACGGAGCAGUUGGCGGAGUUGCGAGCAUCAGCCGGGUUAACAGCUGUAGAGAUUGAUGGCUCUGAACCAUUUGAUAAAGUGCAAGUAAAGGUGCAGGCCGCCGUGAUCGCAGCGCCCCACUUCGACAUCGAGUGCUGUUCUCAACUGCGUAAUGUUUGUGGAGAAUAA